AUGGAGUCGACCAAUGAGAGCGAGGAGCACGGUGACCAGGCGGUUCCUGAUGAAGACGAGGAAGAGGAGGAGCGGAGCGUCAGAGGAGUCCAGUCCCAUUACCUCCGCUGCCCCUCCCCCAGUUUCUCCAUGAUGUCCGACUCCAGGUUCUCGGCGAUCUCCGGCUCGGACGCUGCGAGCAUCUUCAUGGAGCCGAUCCACCUGUCGUCGGCCAUCGCUGCCAAGCAGAUCAUCAACGAGGAGCUGCCGCCCCGUGGCGUCCGCAGCGAGUCCGUCCCCGAGUCCAUGCUGGAGACGGCCGAGCAGCUGAUGGUGGAGGACCUGUACAACCGGGUCAAGGACAUGAUGGACGACCGCAGCCCCUACAACACGCCCUGCGUGCUGGACAUCCAGAGGGCCAUGGUCGGGGACCGCCAGGAGGCGCCGCUCAACCAGGUGGACGAGGUGUGGCCCAACGUCUUCAUCGCCGAGAAAUCCGUCGCCGUGAACAAAGCUCGUCUGAAGCGAAUGGGCGUCACCCACAUCCUGAACUCCGCCCACGGCACCGGCGUCUACACCGGAGACACCUUCUACACCGGCAUGAACAUCCAGUACCUGGGCAUCGAGGUGGACGACUUCCCGGACGCAGACAUGUCGGUGCACUUCAGACCGACCGCAGAGUUCCUGGACGAGGCCCUGCUGACGCACAAAGGAAAGGUUCUGGUUGUUUCCAUGAUGGGCGCCAGUCGCCCCGCCGUCCUGGUGGCGUCCUACCUGAUGAUCUUCCAUCACAUGACCAUCAUGGAGGCGCUGACGACCCUGAGGAAGAAACGCCCCAUCAACCCCAACGAGGGCUUCCUGAAGCAGCUGCGCGAGCUGAACGAGAACCUGAUGGAGGAGCGCGACGACGACGACGACACGCUCAGCCAAUGCUCCGUGGUCGACGCUCGCACCCGGAAGUGCCUCUUCGGCGACGGGGGGGGCGACGACGAGGACGACUACGAUACGGAGAAGGAAGACGAGCAGAGCAUGGUCCAGGUGAAAGCUAACUCCAUCACGAUGGAGGAGGAGGAGGAUGCAGAGAGCGUGAUGAGCAGCGUCGCCUCCUCCUCCGCCGCCGCGGCGCUCAGGAGCGGACCGAUCGGGAACCAGAGCGGUCCGGACGGCCAGGGAUCGACCUCCGAGGGGGGGGUCCUCCCCGAGCAGGACGCCGAGGAAGACGAGGACGAAGACGGCCUGGACAGUAUGAUCCGCGAGUGGCAGCGGAGGAACGACAAGUAUCAAAGUGAGGAGUGGUGGGAGGCGCAGCUGAACAGCGAGGCUGAAGAUGGAGAAUCUGUCGUAGGAGACGUGAAGAGGACGAAGGACGGAGCCGACGCCGACGUGGACAGCGUCACCAGCGAGGACGUGCGAGCGGUGAAGGAGCGGCUGAAGCGCCGCAGCCGACGCCCGCCUUCUGAUGCCAUGUCCACCUCCAGCAGCAUGAACUACUCUGAUCUCUGGAACCAGCGGCUGAGAGAGAUCGAGGAACAAGCCGCCACUCGUUACCGCAAGAGAGAGGAGGACGAGAGCAGCGAGAGCACCCCCACAGAGGGAGGAGGAGGAGGAGGAGGAGGAGGAGGAGGAGGAGGAGGAGGAGGAGGAGGAGGAGGAGGAGGAGGAGGAGGAGGAGGGAAGACAAAGAUUGACGACGAGGUGCAGAGCAUCCUCUCGGACUCCAGCUCCAUGUACAACUUCUGCCAGAAGAACAAGGAGAAGCUGACGCCUCUGGAGCGUUGGCGCGUCAAGAGGAUCCAGUUCGGCUGGAACAAGAAAGAUCACGAGGAUGGAGAGAAGAGUUCGGUCGGAGACGGAGAAAACGGCGAGGGAGAGGUGAAGACCCCGGCUUUCCAAGACGUCAACCUGACGGCGUAUCAGGCGUGGAAGCUGAGGCAGCAGAAGCGACUUGGCGAGGAGAACACGGAUGAGAUCCUGGAGAUGAGUCGAGGUGAAGACUCUGCCACCAUCAAACGGAGGCAGAGACGGGAGGAGAUCCUGGAGCGUUCGAAGAAGACGUUGGAGGAGAGUCAGUCCAUGUGCGGCUGGGAGGCGGAGAGCUGCGUGAGCGGAGGCACCAUCCCUCUCUCCGCCUUCUGGGCCGGAGCCGGCGUCACCGGCUCGCCCAGCGUCGCCAACGACGACAACGUGUCCAUGCUCAGCGGGAGGUCGUCAGUCAUAUCCUCAGUUUCACAACCUCGCAGCUCGAGGUCGGCCCAGUCCUCAGGUUCUCCUCAUCCGCCUGUUCCCCCCAUCCUGCCGGUGCCCACCAUGCUGGGGCCGGGAGGGGAACCCAUGGUCAACCUGGCGAGCAUCCAGAACUGGAUCGCCAACGUCGUGUCUGAAACCAUCCAACAGAAGCAGAAUGAGAUGAGCCUGCCGCCUCCGUCCCGGGCAGGAUCGGAGUUCGGCUUCGGACGAGGUUCGGCGAGUGUGAUCUCCAGCCGGGGACGAGACGAUGACAAGGCGUCCUUGUUGAGCGGCGCGCCCUACUCCAGCGCUCUGUACCAGGGGCGUGGCAAGGCUGCGGCGUCGGUGCUCUCAGGAGGCGGGUCGAGCAGCGUCUCAGGUCUCAGCGGUAGAGGGUCGGCGUUCAGCUCCACCCUCGGCUCCACCCUGGGCUCCAAGAAAAACAAGAUCACCACCACCAGCGUGCCGCUCUUCAGCCUCUUCCAGGACCAGGUGGACCUGGGGAAGCUGGACGCCAUGGACAAGGAGAUCAAGUCUGAGAUGAGGGGCAAGAUGGCGACCUACGAGAAGAAGAAGAUCCUGGAGGACAACAGGCGCAGCACUUUGUACAAGAAGAAGAAACCGAAGGAGGAUGAAGAGGAGGAGGAGGAGAGUAAGAGGAGGGAGGAGGAGUUCCUGGAGGAGGCAAAGAAACCAGAGAAACCUACGAGGUCGUACGGUUUGUCCGGAUGUCUGAAUCUCAAAACGGCUCUGGAGAAAGAUAAGAACACCAGCAUCGACGAUUGGCUGAAGAGCGUCCGACCUCCUCCUGGGAAAAUGGCGUCCGUAGCAGAAGCCGGCUCGUCGGAGGAUCCCUACGACGAUCUGGACGCCUCCGCCUCUGAGUUUGAAUUCUCCAGCCGCAGGGCGUCCUACGCUGUUGAGGAGGAAGAGGAAACGUACAGCUCCAGAUACAGAUCCAGGUUACGAGCCGACGUGGCGAGCGAAGACGCAGAGUUCUCCUGUAACGGCUACAGCCAGCGCCGGGCGGGGGGGUCGUACGGGGACGAGAGCGCCGAGGGGACGGAGAGCUACGCCCACCUCGCCACCAAAAGCAAAUCCGUGCACCGCUCUCAAUUCGAAAGCAGCGAGACCAAAGCGAGGAGCAGCAGGAGAGUGCAAGCCAAGGACCAUGCUGGUGAAGAAGAGGAGGAUGACAUCGCCACCUUCAUCGCACAAACCAGGCAGAGGGUCUGA